AUGACUGCUAGGGGCAGGGACCCCAUAAGGGGUCGGUUUCGGCCGGAAAUGGCCAUGGCAUUGGCCAUUGUUCUGAUUUCUACUACUGUGGUUUCCGUUUCUGCUGAUGGUUACCCAUACAGUUCUCCUCCACCACCAACUUAUGAGUAUAAGUCACCUCCACCGCCAACUCCUUCACCACCACCUCCUUAUGAGUACAAGUCACCCCCUCCACCACCCAUUGAACAUAAGGCUCCACCAUAUGAGUACAAAUCACCACCUCCACCACCCAUUGAACAUAAGGCUCCACCAUACGAGUACAAGUCACCACCACCACCAUCACCUUCACCACCACCUCCUUAUGAGUAUAAGUCACCCCCUCCACCACCCAUUGAACAUAAGGCUCCACCAUACGAGUACAAGUCACCACCACCACCAUCACCUUCACCACCACCUCCUUAUGAGUAUAAGUCACCCCCUCCACCACCCAUUGAACAUAAGGCUCCACCAUACGAGUACAAGUCACCACCACCACCAUCACCUUCACCACCACCUCCUUAUGAGUAUAAGUCACCCCCUCCACCACCCAUUGAACAUAAGGCUCCACCAUAUGAGUACAAGUCACCUCCACCACCAUCUCCCUCACCCCCACCCCCAUAUGAGUACAAGUCUCCUCCACCACCUACUCCAUCACCUCCACCUCCUUACUACUAUAAAUCUCCACCACCACCCUCUCCCUCACCUCCACCACCUUACUACUACAAAUCUCCUCCACCACCCUCUCCUUCCCCACCUCCACCUUACUAUUACAAGUCUCCCCCACCACCAUCACCAGUUUACAAAUACAACUCACCACCUCCACCAUCACCAACUUAUGUCUACAAGUCUCCCCCACCACCAUCACCAGUUUACAAAUACAACUCACCGCCUCCACCAUCACCAACUUAUGUGUACAAGUCUCCUCCUCCUCCAACACCAGUUUACAAGUAUAAUUCACCACCUCCACCAUCACCAACAUACGUGUACAAGUCUCCUCCUCCUCCAACACCAGUAUACAAACCUCCAUACUACUACAAUUCACCUCCUCCUCCAACACCAGUUUACAAGUACAAAUCACCACCUCCUCCAUCACCAACUUAUGUGUACAAGUCUCCUCCACCACCAACACCAGUAUACAAGCCCCCGUACUACUACAAUUCACCUCCUCCACCAACACCAAUUUACAAGUACAAUUCACCACCUCCACCAUCACCAACUUACGUGUACAAGUCUCCUCCUCCUCCAGCACCAGUUUACAAGUAUAACUCACCACCUCCUCCAUCACCCGUUUACAAGUAUAACUCACCACCUCCUCCAUCACCAGUUUACGUCUACAAGUCACCACCCCCACCAACACCUGUAUACAAACCCCCAUACUACUACAACUCACCUCCUCCUCCAACAACAGUGUACAAGUACAACUCACCACCUCCGCCGUCACCAACUUACGUAUACAAGUCACCACCCCCACCAUCACCUGUAUACAAACCCCCAUACUACUACAACUCACCUCCUCCUCCAACACCAGUGUACAAGUACAAUUCACCUCCUCCUCCAACACCAGUGUACAAGUAUAAUUCACCUCCUCCUCCAACUUACUACUACAAUUCGCCACCACCUCCGGUAAAAUCUCCACCUCCACCAACACCAUACUACUAUCAAUCUCCACCACCACCCAAGUACACUCCACCUCCGUACUACUAUAACUCUCCUCCUCCACCUGUUGUGUAUCCCCCACAUCCAUAUCACCACUCAUUGAUUGUAAAGGUAGUGGGUAAAGUCUACAGCUACAAGUGCUAUAACUGGGAGUAUCCUGAAAAGUCUCAUGACAAGAAACACCUCAAAGGUGCUGUUGUUGAGGUCAAAUGUAAAGCUGGAAGGAACAUAAUCAAGGCGUACGGUAAAACUAAAAACAACGGAAAGUAUGCCAUCACAAUCCCAAACUUUAACUAUGUGAAAUAUGGUCCCACAGUGUGCAAAGCCAAACUACAUGCUCCACCUAAAGGCUCUCCAUUCAACAUCCCAACUAAGCUCAAUGAGGGAACUGACUUGUGGGUAAAAUCUAAAGACAAGUAUGAAGUUGUGCUCAAGGCUAAGCCAUUCGCCUAUGCUUCUAAGAAACAUUAUGAAGAAUGUGAAAAGCCUAAGCCUUCACCAACUCCUUACUACUACAAGUCACCUCCUCCUCCUACACCAACUUACAUAUAUAAGUCACCACCCCCACCAUCACCAACUUAUGUGUACAAGUCACCACCCCCUCCAUCACCUAUAAACAAACCCCCAUACUACUACAACUCGCCUCCUCCUCCAACACCAGUUUACAAGUACAAUUCACCACCUCCACCAUCACCAACUCCUUACUACUACAAGUCACCUCCUCCUCCUACACCAACUUACAUAUACAAGUCACCACCCCCACCAUCACCAACUUAUGUGUACAAGUCACCACCCCCACCAUCACCUGUAUACAAACCCCCAUACUACUACAACUCACCUCCUCCUCCAACACCAUCACCACCUCCGCCAUCACCAACUUACUUGUACAAGUCACCACCUCCACCAUCACCAACUUACGUGUACAAGUCACCACCCCCACCAUCACCUGUAUACAAGUACAACUCUCCUCCUCCUCCUACACCAGUUUACAAGUACAACUCACCUCCUCCUCCAACACCGGUUUACAAGUACAACUCCCCUCCUCCUCCAACACCAGUUUACAAGUACAACUCACCACCUCCACCGUCACCUACUUACGUCUACAAAUCACCACCACCACCAUCACCAGUAUACAAACCCCCGUACUACUACAACUCACCUCCUCCUCCAACACCAGUGUACAAGUACAAUUCACCACCUCCACCAUCACCAACUUAUGUGUACAAGUCACCACCCCCACCAUCACCGGUAUAUAAACCCCCAUACUACUACAACUCACCACCUCCCCCAACACCAGUUUACAAAUACAACUCACCUCCUCCACCGUCACCAACAUAUGUGUACAAGUCACCACCCCCACCAUCACCUGUGUACAAACCCCCAUACUACUACAACUCACCUCCUCCUCCAACCGCAGUUUACAAGUACAAUUCACCACCCCCACCGUCACCAACAUACGUGUACAAGUCACCACCUCCACCAACACCUGUGUACAAACCCCCAUACUACUACAACUCACCUCCUCCACCAACGCCUGUUUAUAAGUACAAUUCACCACCUCCACCGUCUCCAACUUAUGUGUACAAGUCACCACCCCCACCAUCACCUGUAUACAAACCCCCAUACUACUAUAACUCGCCUCCUCCUCCAACACCAAUUUACAAGUACAAUUCGCCUCCGCCUCCAACACCGGUUUAUAAGUACAAUUCACCUCCUCCGCCAUCACCAACUUAUGUGUACAAGUCACCACCCCCACCAUCACCUGUAUACAAACCCCCAUACUACUACAAUUCACCUCCUCCACCAUCACCAACUUACAAGUACAAUUCUCCACCACCACCAUCACCAACUUAUGUGUACAAGUCACCACCUCCGCCAUCACCAACUUACGUGUACAAGUCACCACCCCCACCAUCACCUGUAUACAAGUACAACUCUCCUCCUCCUCCAACACCAAUUUACAAGUACAACUCACCUCCUCCUCCAACACCGGUUUACAAGUACAACUCCCCUCCUCCUCCAACCCCAGUUUACAAAUACAACUCCCCUCCUCCUCCAACACCGGUUUACAAGUACAACUCCCCUCCUCCUCCAACACCGGUUUACAAGUACAACUCCCCUCCUCCUCCAACACCGGUUUACAAAUACAAUUCCCCUCCUCCUCCAACACCGGUUUACAAGUACAACUCCCCUCCUCCUCCAACACCGGUUUACAAAUACAACUCUCCUCCUCCUCCAACACCGGUUUACAAGUACAACUCACCUCCUCCUCCAACACCGGUUUAUAAAUACAACUCCCCUCCUCCUCCAACACCGGUUUACAAAUACAACUCUCCUCCUCCUCCAACACCGGUUUACAAGUACAACUCACCUCCUCCUCCAACACCGGUUUAUAAAUACAACUCCCCUCCUCCUCCAACACCAGUUUACAAGUACAACUCACCACCUCCUCCAACACCGGUUUACGAGUACAAAUCACCACCUCCACCGUCACCAACUUACGAGUACAAGUCACCACCUCCACCGUCACCAACUUACGAGUACAAGUCACCACCUCCACCAUCACCAACUUACGAGUACAAAUCUCCUCCUCCUCCAACACCAGUUUACAAGUACAAAUCCCCACCUCCACCUUCACCUACAUAUGUGUACAAGUCUCCUCCCCCUCCAACACCAUCCCCACCUCCACCUUACUAUUACCAAUCCCCACCACCACCAUCCCCUUCUCCACCACCUCCUUAUUACUAUCAAAGUCCUCCUCCACCAUCUCCCACUCCUCAUACUCCGUACUACUACAAAUCCCCUCCACCACCAACGUCAUCUCCUCCACCUCCUUACCACUAUGUGAGUCCUCCUCCACCAACAUCAUCUCCUCCCCCACCAUACCACUACACAUCACCACCUCCUCCCUCCCCGUCUCCUGCUCCCACAUACAUUUACAAAUCACCUCCCCCACCUGUGAAAUCGCCUCCCCCGCCAGCUUACAUUUAUGCAUCCCCACCACCACCUAUCUACAAGUAA